UCUCCCAACUCUUCUCUGUAGAUAAUUUCCCAAUAUGCGCCUACAAUUAUUUAUUAUUAUGACAGUGUAACAAUUUAAAAGUCUUGAGUGUGUCCUGUAUGUAAAGUUAUUAGGUGGAUACAUAAUUAUUGCGAUACUGUAAGAAAUAAGAUGUCAGACCUGAUCAAUUUACAAUCAGAAGAAAUUGGUCAUGGUUGAUGCGUUAAUGAUGACCCGUUCUAUUCCUGUUAAUGAGAAGUUAAGCAAUAAAAAUUACGAAUCUUCAGCUUUAAGUAUCACAGUUCUGAUUUUUUCUGUUUCACGAUAGUUUUUAAAUAUUAACUUUUUGUAAAUACAGAAGUAAAGGUUUUUUAAAUAUGAAUCUUAAGGAUCCAAGAAAGAAGAAGAGAGUGCGACUGCAGGUUCAAGAACCGUUUCCAAUACAUGUAGGUAGAAAGGAUGAAUGGGCUUUAUAUACUGCUCAUCUCAGCGCUACUGGGACAUGUAUCGUCGAUCCUGAUGAAAUGGAAGCUGUAUAUACAAUGGGUUUUUUUGGCAAAGGCUCCUUGUCACGUAGUUAUCCAUCAUUUGUACGUGAAAAUUAUAGAGCUCUUCCCACAGUCAGAAGAAGACAGUGGAUGCGAAGACAAGAGUGGUGUGACGAUGUUAGGAAAUUUGAUCUUGUAUCUCGUUCAAAUGAUUUGAAUGAAAAAAUAAAUAAUGAGAUUAAUGAAGGUACACAGAAGUGUUCUGACAACCCACCCAAAGUGACAUGUGAAGAUCGUACACAAAACUCACAAGUUUCAGAUGUUGAAGGAGUUUCUUUGAAGAUUGUAUCUCCAAUCACCGAUUUACACAAAGAUUCAUCACUCGAUGAUGAAAAUACAAAAGAAAUUUUAAAGACCACAGAAGAAAAUAUCGUUGAAGUAAUUCUUGAUUCUGCAGAAGAUGAAGAUGUAUGUGAAGUACCAACCGAGAACAAAGAAGUCAUUUUGUUAAAUGAUGAAGAAAUAGAAGUUACAAACACUGCAGGCAAUUCCUCUAAAUACGUGGAUGAAUAUGAUGCUGAAGAAAAAAAUGUAGCACAAUUUAGAAAAAUCUUGGUACUACCAGAUAGUGAUUCAGAAACAGAAGAUUAUUUAAAAGAAGUGAAGCCAAAAGUAGAAUCAGAGGGUUUCCCAAUCCAGGAAACCCUGCAUCUUACUUUUCAGGAAACAUUUUUCUUGAUGUUUGGACUCAGUUGUUUACAAGUGAUUAAUUUUGAUGGUAAUGCCCUUAGUAUACAAGAUGUAUGGACUUAUUUCUCCAAGGAAGAUCAACAUUUUAUUCAAAAAUAUAUUGUAUACCAUUACUUUCGAAGUAAAGGAUGGGUUGUAAAACCCGGUCUUAAAUAUGGAGGAGAUUAUUUAUUAUAUAAACAAGGACCUCCAUUUUAUCAUGCUUCCUACAUAGUCAUUAUAGAUGUUGUUAAUGCCGAUACAUUAAUUAGAGAGUCCGAUAAGGCAAUUCACAAAUUUACGUGGGAUAAUCUUAUUGGACUGGAAAGAUUAUCUGAAACGGCAGCUAAGGAAAUACUAUUUGCUCAAAUCUUAUGGCCUUCAUCGCUGUGUCAGGAUACAAAUUUAUUACAUCCAAAUUCAUUAUCAGAAUUUACUGUCAAAGAAAUAUUGUGGAGACGAUGGGUACCAAAGCAAACUAGAGAAGUAAUUUAUGUUGAAGAGGAAGAUGAGGAUUCUUCAUAAGAACUUGUAUACAAACCAACUUAUCGAUAAACUAUGCAAACAAUAAAUUUAUUUUAUUUUUUA